AUGGUACGGAUCACAUGCACCAUCUCCUUCAGCACCGACGACGAGCCAGUUGGUCGCUCGCGCCAAGGCAGCUUCGAUGAUCACUACAAGCGCGUAGUGUGGUCAAGAGAUGGCGAACACGGCAAGUACCAGGAGGAGGGUGACGAUCCGGACACAUACGAUGGGACGGAAGAAGAAGAAGUGCCCGAUAUCAGCGUUGCCACGUUUUUUGGCGGCUGCUCCCUCCAUGGUGCCAACCACGUCUUUGUGGAGGACAAGAAGUUCAGCAUCCGCCGGGGCUUGUGGGCGGUGGUCUUCCUGUUGGCCAUCUCCAUGUUCCUCAUGCAGGUGGUUGACCGUGCCAUCUACUACCUGCGGUAUGACUACAUCACCAUGCUGGACGAGCGUAAUGCCAGGAACAUGACAUUCCCUGCCAUCACGCUCUGCAACUACAACUCGUUCCGGUGCUCGCAGCUGAGCUACAGCGACUUGCUUUUCAUGGGGCCACUGUUGGGAUACGAGGACAACAUGGCGCCGGGAAUCCCUUUGGCGCCAGAGCCCGACAGGCAAGGGUCUCGAUUCAGCCUCGCCGAGUUCUUCAAUCGCACCCGUCACAGCAUGGAAGACAUGCUGCUGGAGUGCAAAUUUGCUGGGAAGGAGUGCGGCCCGGAACACUGGAGAGAGAUCUUCACACGCUAUGGAAAAUGCUACACCUUCAACUCUGGACAGGAUGGACGGCCACUGCUGAUCACCAUGAAGGGAGGGAUGGGAAAUGGGCUGGAGCUGAUGCUGGAUAUCCAGCAGGAUGAGUAUCUGCCUGUGUGGGGAGAGACUGGGCAUCAGCGGCCGUUCAGCACUCAUAAACCUGCCGAGAGCAGCCUUACCCUGCUGACGUAUCUCCCUCCUCCAUGGGGCGACUGUAAGGCAACACCCAUGGACUCUGAUUUCUUCAACACAUACAGUAUCACCGCCUGCCGCAUCGACUGCGAGACACGAUACCUGGUGGAGAAUUGCAACUGCCGCAUGGUGCACAUGCCCGGAGAUGCUCCAUAUUGCACUCCGGAACAGUACAAGGAAUGUGCAGAUCCGGCUCUAGAUUUUCUGGUGGAAAGAGACAAUGACUACUGCGUUUGCGACACGCCCUGCAACAUGACGCGCUACGGCAAAGAGUUGUCCUUCGUCAAGAUCCCCAGCAAAGCCUCUGCCAAAUACCUGGCCAAGAAGUACAACAAGACGGAGCAGUACAUUGCAGAAAACAUCCUGGUGCUGGACAUCUUCUUUGAGGCCCUGAACUUCGAGACUAUAGAGCAGAAGAAAGCCUACGAGUUAGCCGGCCUUCUUGGUGACAUUGGCGGACAGAUGGGGCUGUUCAUCGGGGCCAGUAUCUUAACCAUCCUGGAGCUCUUUGACUACCUGUAUGAGGUGAUCAAGUACAAACUGUGUCAUUGUGCCAAGAAGAAACACCAGCGGAGCAACAACAACGAACGAGGAGCCGUUCUCAGCCUGGACGAUGUGAAGCGUCACGCACCCUGUGAAAACCUUCGUACCCCAUCAACCUACCCAGCCAACAUGCUACCUCACCAUCCUGGCCAGGGCAACUUCGAAGACUUCACCUGUUGAGCGUAAAACAAGAGCGGCCUGUCUGACAGAGAACAACCAAAGCUGACCACAUCAGUACGGACCCCAUUCACAACCGGACAUUACAGAACAACCUUCUGGAUCUGCCACACACUGGAAAACCACCAUGUCUUGAGAUAUAUCCAGACAUCGGAGGAAUGGUACCCGAUCAACAAAGUAUAUUUUCACUAACACGUUCCAUGGAAAACCUUUGAUUUUUUUUAACAUUUCAAGGAAAUACUGCCUCAAAAUCGAAACUCCUUGAAGCCUAAGAAAUUACACAUUACGUGACUUGGACAUCGAAUAGCUUUCCGCAGCUGGACCCUGAUGCCUUUUAUGUACAUAGUGACGGCUCUAACCUGUCUUAAGACCAGUGGCUUACGUAGGUCAGUAGAUAAAUAUAGCGCUUAUUCACUGUAUGUAGCCUCAUUAGUCCUAUCUGCUGGAUCUAUUCAGCCUCAGUGUAUCUCACGAGAAUGUAACUUCCCGAACAAAGGUGACCAUUACAAACGUCAAAGGGGGAUUUCGGGGUGCUGGAGGGUUCAGGUCCCACAUGACAUUGUGUUACAGGUCUCAUCUUGUAAAUGCAUGCUGGUCGUUCUGUGCAUGUUUUUAGGUUUAUUUAGAUUUCAUUAUUACUCUCGCCAAGUUUGCCUCAAUUAUAUACAAGUGUUGGGAGAUGGUGUAAAGUUUGUUUUUGUGUGUAUAUGUGUGCGUGCGCAGGUUUUGCCGUUCUUGUGGGGAUGAAGUUUCUCAGUGACCCCAGAAGAACAGCAAACUAACAAAAGCACCUUGUGAGAGCCUCUCUACAAGGAAACAACGAUUCAAAAUGAAACUAAACAAUGUAUAAAUUCAUAUCUAAAAAUGCCCAAAAGGUUUAUUUUAAGUUUAGGAUUAGUCUGUUGUAUAAUUAGCAUAUCUGACAAACAAUAAAUGGGAAUGGGAAGUCCCCAAAAGUAUACAGUGGCCCCAAAAGAUAUUUGGACACUUAAAGUAUUCUUUCAAAUGUGUCAAAAGUUGUUGCAUUAGAUUGCACAUCAAAAAUGCUGCAGAAUUGUUUUGGUGAUUUUUAGUGGAUCUAUGACGUCUGUUUUUCAUUUUUAAGACUA